UGGGCUGUGCAGCCAGAACGCAGGGCUGUCAGUGCGCGUCCAGCCAGGACCCUCGACUGAGUGCUCCGGUGCUAUGGCCGCCCCUGCGCAGCUGCAGGCUCUUCUCAAGGCUGUCAACACUCUGCUGCGCAAGCGCCGCUACCAUGCUGUGUUGGCCUUGCUUAAGGGCUUCCGGAACGGGGCUGUCUAUGGAGUCAAAAUUCGGGCACCUCACGCACUGGUCAUGACCUUUCUCUUCAGGAGUGGCAGUCUCCAAGAGAAACUGCAGGCCAUCCUGAAAGCCACGUACACCCACUCUCGGAACCUGGCCUGCUUUGUGUUCACCUAUAAGAGCCUCUGUGCACUCCAGUCGCAUGUGCAAGGCGAGACCCACCAGAUGCACUCUUUCCUGGCCGCCUUCCUCGGGGGCCUGCUAGUGUUCGGGAAGAACAACAAUGUCAAUAGCCAGGUACGGCUUUCCUGUGGGACAGUGAGGGGCGGGAAGUGAGGUGAACUCCUGGCA